AUGUUCGGUUUCGCUGGCGUCGUAGACCCUGCCGGGCCGCUGUUCUAUUCCGAAGAGACAAUGGGUCAGGCACCGUCAGCGACGGUCGAGCGGGAUGAUAGCCGCAAGGCAAGCACUCCGAUUCUCCGAGAGCACUCCAUCCAGCAGACUGCGCAGGAGUCUCGGACUUCGUCUCCUUGGUCGAUGCACUUUGCCCGAACGGACCAGAGGCCCUACCGCACCUCUAUUGACGACGACAUGGCAAAUACUCCUACGAAUUUGCCGAGGCUACCAAAAGACAUCAAGUCUGCUGAGCUCAUCUGGUUUUUGCGCAACACAGCGCCUCCUGCACUUCACCGUCAACCGAGCAAGAUCGAGCAUCCCAAGCGUGGCGGUGAGACUUCGAGGCGUGCUCUGCGUUUGCUGAGGCUCGGUCAAAGGCGCAAUGGAACUCCGAAGGACUUGCCUCCGCUCCGAGAUGAAGGAGGUCUCCUGACAAAGAAGGCCGCACAAGUAGUCGAGCUGAAAGCCGGGAUCCCAGCAGAAAUACAACAUGUGCUGGAGCAGAAACAAACCGCCGCUGGCCAACGAUAUCUCGCGUUGAAGGUGAAGCAGCCCGACUUCGCGCCUGUCAUUGAAGCAGGCAUCGUGGACUCGCACGUGUCUGUUUCAUUCGAACAUGACUUGUAUGGCGGCGAACCGCCAGAGAAUCGCUUCGAAUGCCGCGGCAGUCAGCCAGCCCACUCAGUUUCACCCUUGUCGCCGCUUGAGCCAUUGCCAAUAUUCGGAAUCAGUGACUCAACUGUCCGCUGCGUCGAUCACUCUUUAUCACCCGUACGGCCGGCUGCGUCAAGCCCACCGACGCCACAGCCAGACUCAGCAACCUCGAUGGCUGAGUCGUACCAGUGUGACCUGACGGAGCAUCCAGCCAGGCGGUCAUUCGAUGCUUGUCGUGCAUUGACGAGCCAUCCCGUCCGUCCAGAGCCGUCCAUCACUGCACUGCCGAAGAUUGCGCUGCCGAAGGAAGAGUUGCCAGUGCGGCAUGCCAGUGCCGAAAAAGAAGUCGAGAUCAAGCAUCCAUCGCCACGCCGGUUCGCAAGUCACCCGGUACUGAUGCAGCGAGCCCCAAGCAUGGCGUCGUCCUUCUACCCACAGUCAAUGUCUGACAGUCCGGGUCCGCCGCCGCCACGCAGCCCGCUUCGGCUUCGGCGCGAUCAACGAACCAUCGAGAACAUUAUCGCCACGCAUAACAGCGUCCAUGCUCGCAAGGCCACGCCAAGGCAUGGCAGAUCGCCAAUGCUCACUCCCACUUCCGAGCGCAUCAUGGAGUACAAUGAAAGGCUGGCAGCCAUGAAGCCAACCGUGAUCACCGAGUGCACUGGACCAAUCAAGCGGCCAAAUUCCCGUGGAAAGAGUUCGAUCCCGCAUCCAGCGUACCAAUUAUCCCGCAAGGAGCGGGAAGAGCGUAUCAAGGCUCGGAGACUGCUGCGUGACCAGCACAAGUACCCUAUCAUCGAACCCACGGUUAGCGUGCCACAGACGUCAACAUUACCAAGACGCCUGCGCAAGGCAAGACCAAGAAUACAGAUCCCGCACUCGGACCUACGACCCGCGCCGCUGGUGUUGAGAGCACCGUCUUCUUCAGCAUCGAGCGACGCGGGCUGGAUGAAGACUAACGCGCAGAUGUCCCCUCGCGUGUCGCCGGUGUCAUCACAGGAGACCGGCCAAGCGAGCAACGGCGAGAAGACGGGCUAUACUCCUGUCUCGCCACUCUCGACCGGAAGCGCAACGGUCGAAGCCUGCAUGGCGCUGAGCCCGGUCAUGCUCGUCGCCGAGGAGAUACCAGUCUUCAUGACCAAGUCACUGCCGCGGCCACCGAAGCUCAUUGUCAAGGAGGGUAAGUCAUACGCACCUCGCCCACGCUCCGCCUCUAUCCCACGGAAUGCCUUCAACCGCCGCAGUCGGCAGGGACAAACAAGUCCACCAGUGAAUCAUCUGUCACGACCAGGUAGUCCCGCCGCCGAACGACCGGAAGAUGAGACGCCACCUUUACCCUCACCGCCACCGAACAGAGCAUUGCCGCCUACACCACCGGCUUCGGGCUCGGAGAAACCCGUCAAGUUCAGAGCGGUGGAAAGCAAGAAGGAGCUUCCAAUCCCGCCACCAUUCGAGAUCCUGCCGUUGCCGCAGGAGCCGUUGCCCAUCAGACGCGAGUUACGCCAUGUAGUCACGCAGAACCAGCGCAAGAGUGGCGUCUCCUCCACCACGUCAAAGUCGGCUUCACGCAUCGAUGCCCGCCUCGAGGCGCUCGAAAAGCGGAAUGCCUUGCUCUCUGCCGCACUGAUGGCGGUAUUGGGGACGAACGGCUCGCUCAACGCGCCCCUGUCUGCUGCGCUCACCGCUGAGCCGGAGAGUCCUAAGGCGAUGGUGUGGGAGAGUCGGGUCGCUAGACGUAGCGAGGCCGGCAAUCAAGCGGCGAGUCAUGCCGCUUCUAGCAGUAAUGGGAGUGCCUUGGAGAUGUACAUGAGUACGCGGAGGGGGAGUAAGACCGGCUGUUGA